GUCGUCGACCGUCGUCACAGUCACUACCGCGCGCCGCUGGCAUUCGCCGACAGACCGUCGUCCCUUUACGUUCUCUCAUAGAUUUAUAAUAAUUUAUAAUUAUUGCAGUAAUAGAGCGAUAUUAUUUCGAUGAUGUUGUUUUGAUAAUAUUUUCAUAGUAUCACAUAUUAAGUAUUUAGUAUCGAAUAUUAAUCAGGUAGUUCGAAUUAAGGAGCUGAUCAAAGAAUCAAGAACCUGCACUGCAGUUGCGCGUCGCGAAAAAUCCAAAUCAUAUAAUAUAAUCGGUGCGUACCUACUAAUUACCGUCGAGUAGGUCACCCACGGCAGACGUCGGUUUUUCUUCUUUCGUUUUCCCCUUUAAUUGUUUCGCCCGAUCGCCUUGCGUAGCCCACCUAUAUCAUAGUAAUUUCGCACUGCGUUCGGAGUUGAGCGGCCUUGAACGGACGACAUUGACAGUGUUCUCAUAACAUAUAAAUAACCUAUAUAUAUUUACACCACACACACACACUCACACACACACGCACACGCACAACAACAACAACAACAAUAAUAAUAAUAAUAAUAAUAAUAGCUCGCGUGCGUUGUACCUACACAGGGCAGGUACGCAGUGCACUAAUAUAAUUUUGCUCGAGCACAAAACCGUUGUUUCGGCGAACGGCGGCGGCGGCGCGGCAGCAGCAACAGCGCGCAACCGGCUACGCGAUAUUUCAUGUGCCCGCCUCAACAGUAAUCAGUCAAUCGUGACACGGACGCUCGGACGGACGGACGGACUGACGGACGAAAACGCGCCCGAAAAUGCCGCAGCUCAUAUUGUCCAACAGCUAACGGAUCGCCCCGGCGGCCGUCGUCGUCGACGACCACAAACCCGUCGGCACGGACGUGGAUUUCCCCGACGUGCUGGCCGACCUGGACGUGGACGUGAAAGAGUUACCGGACUACGUGGUCGAGUACGGCCGAGUCCGGGUGGGCGAGACCGAGGAGUCCAGGACCAGGCUGGUGGCCGAACUCGAAGACAUGAUUUACGAGAAAGGGGAUGUUACACCACACAGGAUGGACGAAAAGUUUCUACUGCGGUUUUUAAGAGCUCGACAUUUCAAACUUAAUGCUACAUACAAACUAUUUGUGAAUUACUACAGAUUUAGAGAAAAUCAUCCAGACUACUAUACAAUAAACCCAUUGGAUUUGUCUUUCAUAGCCGAUUUAGAAGUACUAAGUGUUCUUCCUUAUAAAGAACAGACUGGCAGACGAAUUUUAAUUUAUAAAUUAGGUAAUUGGAACACCAACGAGUUCGACAUGAACGAAAUACUUAAAGCGUCGCUGGCCACGUUAGAGCUUGGCAUUUUAGAACCGAUGGCUCAAAUACUCGGCGGGGUGGUCAUAUUCGAUAUGAACGGAUUCACGCUUCAUCACGCUUACCAAAUCACGCCAAAAGUCGUUUCUACGAUUUUCGACCUCAUCGUCUAUGCCAUACCGAUGAAAACGUACGCGAUUCACAUAAUCAAUGAGUCGUGGGUGUUCGAAACGGUGUUCAAUCUCUUUAAGCCGCUUCUGGGCAAGCGUGUUAACGAAAUGUUAUUUUUCCACGGUAAAAAUAUGGACUCUUUACACAAGCACAUCGAUCCGAAAUAUUUGCCAAAAGUAUACGGCGGAGUGCGUCCGAAUUAUCCUUAUCAACAUUGGUUUAUUAAUUUGAAGAACAAUGCCGCAGUAGUAAAAGAAAUGGAAAGCUUGGGUUAUUGCAUUGAUCCUAAAUGA